AUGACCUGGUCGGACGUCUACAACGAGUACCAAUCGAAGAUCAGGGCCGAGGAUGACCAACUGGGAGCCUCUUCAGGCUCAGUAUACCUAAGCAGACUCUUGGUAAAAGAGUCGAAACUAAACAAAGAAAGGUACCAACCGUACCUCGAGGACAGAAGGAAUACCCCGAGGCACAACCUACCUCGCAAUGAUCAAAUGAUGGAUCGAGGGAAGGACCCUCGAGGGCUCGCCCACAGAACCAGCAAGAUCAGAGACGCCAAGUGGCCCAGACAAAUACAGUCAGACCCUUCACAGAGAAAUUACAACUUAGUAUGCGAGUUCCACAACAUGCAUGGUCACAGGACCGAGGAUUGCCAUCAGCUACGGGAGGAAGUGGCUCAACUGCUUAACAAGGGGCACCUUUGGGAAUUCCUUAGUGAUCGGGCCAAAAAUCAGUUCCAAGACAGGGAGGCAACUAAGAAAAACGAGGAAAAUGAGUCGCAACACGUUAUCUACAUGAUCAUGGGAGGUGCCGAUGCCCCACAGAACCCCGUAAUGAGAAGGACAGAAAUAUCCAUCACUAGAGAAAAACGGACUCAGGGAUACAUCCCCGAAGACGCCCUCGCAUUCAGUGAAGAAGACACCGAGGCCCUAUCCCAACCCCACAACGACGCCCUGUAA